AUGGCCCUCCUCUGGCUUCUCUCCUGCAUCACCCUCGUCGGGGCCGCCUUUGGCUGUGGGGUCCCUGCCAUUCCCCCAGUUUUGAAUGGCAUAGAGAGGAUCGUCAAUGGGAAAGUCGCUUUCCCUGGCUCCUGGCCAUGGCAGGUGUCUCUGCAGUACACCAGCGGCUUCCACUUCUGCGGGGGGUCCCUGAUCAGCAAGUCCUGGGUGGUCACUGCCGCCCACUGUAAAGUCAGCACAUCCCACCUGGUUGUGGCUGGAAUGUUUGACAAGAGAUCAAGGGAGAAUGUGCAGGUCCUGAGGAUUGCUCAGGUUUUUUCGAACCCCAAUUUUAAGAAGCACAACUCCAGCAACGACAUCGCCCUGGUGAAGCUGGCCACGCCCGCCCGCUUCUCCAGCAUCGUGUCCCCCGUGUGCCUGCCCAGUGCUCAGGACAACUUCACCGCCGGGUCCCUGUGUGUCACCACGGGCUGGGGCAGGACCGAUUUCCAUGGCAUGGGUUCCAACAAGCUGCAGCAGGGUAUCGUGCCCCUCCUGUCCAAUGCCGAGUGCAACAACUUCUGGGAGAGAGGGAUCCCCGAGAUCAUGGUCUGUGCAGGGGGCAACGGCAUCACCUCCUGCAUGGGCGACUCUGGUGGGCCCCUGGUCUGCCAGAAGGAUGGAGCCUGGAACCUGGUGGGCAUCGUGUCCUUUGUCAGUAGCACCUGCCUUGGAACUAUUCCCACUGUCUUCUCCCGUGUCACAGAGUUAAGUCCCUGGAUUCAGGAAAUUCUGACUCAAAACUAAGUCCUAAUUCCUCCAUCCCUGGUUUCGCCAACAAAAGCCUCUGUAAAGGGCCUCUCUCGCGGCGCAAGGGGUUAAGAUGCAGCACUAUGAAGCUAUCCACAGCCACUGCAGCACAAAUUCGAUACCUGGCCAGGGAGCUGCCCACACGGCACAGCAGACCUCUCCUGACUUGGCUGCUGCUCCCCUCAGCAGUGUAUUUCAGUCAAUCCACCUGUUCUGUUCCCCACUCUCUCUCUGAUGAUUCCUCUCACCCCCACCCACAUCUGGCCUGUACCCAGUUCUUGU